AUCAGCCGGGAUAUAAAUCAUAUAAUAGUGUUGUAGUUAACUUGCAAAGAAACCUUUUCUCGUUGUCAACUAAAAAUACUUCUUAGCCUUCUUUUUUCUCCCGCUUCUUCUAAUUUUUAUUAGCAGUAUACAAUUUUGCCCAUAGAGUUUUGAGAUUGUCUGAGAUUCUUCAACUAUGUCACAACAAACCAACUGGGAAGCUGAUAAAAUGUUGGAUGUUUAUAUACAUGAUUAUUUUGUAAAGAGGAAGUUACAUGCUUCUGCUAAAGCUUUUCAGCAGGAGGGAAAAGUAUCUGCAGAUCCUGUUGCAAUUGAUGCUCCUGGUGGUUUUCUUUUCGAGUGGUGGUCGGUAUUUUGGGAUAUAUUUAUUGCAAGAACUAAUGAAAAACACUCUGAACCUGCAGCUUCAUAUAUAGAGACACAAAUGUCCAAAGCAAGGGAGCAACAACAAAUUCAGCAACAAAAAUCACAACAGAUGCAAAUGCAACAAAUUUAUAUGCAAAGGCAGUUACAGGCACAGCAACAGCAACAGCAGCAGCAACAACAACAACAAAGAAGAGAUGGUGGCCAACUUUUAAAUGGAAAUACCAGUGGGAUUACCAAUGCUGAUCCUCUUAUGAGAUCAAACUCUGGAAGUGCAAAUGCUAUGGCUGCAAAAAUGUAUGAGGAUAAGUUAAAGCUGCCACAACAAAGAGAAGCUUCAGAGGAUAUCAAGCCAAGAUUAGGGGACAAUGUUGGAAGCCAUCUUCUAGAUCCAAAUCAUGCAUCAAUGUUGAAAUCAGCUGCUGUUGGUGGCCAGCAUCAAGGGCAAGCCGUGCAUGGGACUCCUGGAAGUAUCUCAGGGAAUCUUCAGAAUUUUCAAAAUCGGAGUCCACAGCUUCCUCUUUCAGCACAAGACAUAAAACCUGAGAUAAAUCCCAUGAUUAAUGCUAGAGCUGGCGGUGCAGGUGGUCCAGAAGGGUCUAUGAUGGGAAUUUCUGGUUCGAAUCAAGGUGGUAACGGUUUGAUGCUAAGAGGAUGGCCACUAACAGGAUUUGAUUCUCUACGACCGGGAAUGCUUCCAACGCAAAAAUCUAUGAUUCAGUCAUCCCAACCUUUGCAACAACUCCAGCUGCAGCAGCAACUAUACAUGCAUGCACAACAGAACCUUGCUUCCCCCUCCAUGGAUAUGGAGACCAGAAGGAGGAUGCUUCUUAAUAGUAACAGAAAUGUGAAUCUUAGUAAAGAUGGGCAGCUGAAUACUCUUGGCGAAGUUAUCCCAAAUGUUGGUUCACCGAUACAACAACAAUUACUAAACAACAACCAACCUCAACCACAAAAUUCUCAAAAUGCUCUGUCAAGUCACUCUCCUCAGAUUCCUAACCAACUUAACCAGCCUGAUAAAAUGGGUUCAGGCAGUAUGGCAAUGGAUGCUAGUAUGUCUAAUUCAUUUCGAGGAAAUGAUCAGUCUUCAAAAGGUCAGAUAGGGAGGAAGAGAAAGCAACCAGUUUCGUCUUCAGGUCCUGCUAAUAGUACAGGUACGGCAAAUACUACAGGCCCUUCCCCCAGCUCAGCACCUUCCACCCCAUCAACGCAUACACCAGGGGAAAUGUCCAUGCCAAAUUUACCUCAUAACAGUGGUUCAUCAAAGCCUUCUCUUAUGUUUGGCUCUGAUAGUGUUGGUACACUAACAUCAGCUCCAAAUCAAUUGGCUGAUAUGAGCCGCUUUGGUGAUGAAGCAACUUUGGAUGACAAUGUGGAGUCAUUCUUGUCCCACGAAGAGGGAGACCCAAGGGAUGCCAUGGGUAGGGGUAUGGAGGUCAGCAAAGGUUUUUCAUUCAAGGAAUCAGCUCUGAUUCAAGCUAGUAUAAGUAAAGUCAAUUGCUGUGACUUCUCAUCGGAUGGAAAAUUGCUUGCCACCGGUGGCCAUGAUAAAAAGGCGGUGUUGUGGUUUACUGAUACUCAAAAGACAAAGUCUACUCUUGAAGAACAUACUCAUAUGAUAACAGAUGUUCGAUUUAGUCCAAGCAUGGCGUGGCUUGCGACAUCAUCUUUUGACAGAACUGUCAGGGUCUGGGAAGUUGAAAAUACUGCUGGCUACUCGCUUCGGAACUUCACUGGCCAUUCUACUUCUGUAAUGUCAUUAGAUUUUCAUCCAACAAAACAGGAUAUUAUAUGUUCUAAUGAUUCAAAUGGGGAGAUACGAAUCUGGAGUGUCAACAAGGGUAGUUGUCCUAAAGUUAUGGAGGGUGGCACUGUUCAGGUCAGAUUUCAGCCUCGUAUAGGGAAGUAUCUUGCUGCUGUGUCAGAGGUUGCUGUAAAGAUAUUUGAUUUUGAUACUUUCAUGUGUGUUGAGCAAUUACAGGGUCAUUCGCAAAAACUUCAUUCAGUCUGCUGGGAUUCAAAUGGUGAACAUCUUGCGUGUGUAAGUGAGGACAUGGUAAGAGUUUGGAGUGUUGGAUCUGGUAGCGGUGGUAAAUGGCAAUGUAUUCACGAGCUCAACUGCACUGGCAAUAAAUUCAACACUUGUGUUUUCCACCCCCUUUUUCCUUCUCUUCUGAUCAUAGGCUGUUACCAGAAUUUGGAACUCUGGAACAUGGUGGACAACAAGACAUUGACAAUGGGUGCUCAUGAAGGACAGAUUACAUCCUUGGCCACAUCGGGUGUCUCAGGUUUGGUCGCUUCUGCUAGCCAUGACAAGUGUGUAAAGCUCUGGAAAUGAUUCGCAGAUCAUGCCCUGUUAUUGGAUCCCAUACACAUAUUAGUAGCCCUUUUUAGGGCUUCUUCCGGAAACAUGCUCUAGUUCAAUAAAAAAAAUCUCGUUUACGAUUUCUAUACUUAGAAUCGAACUAUCUUACGCUUAGUGAUUAGAAGUCCGUGUUUGUGUAUUUUCCGUGCUAACUCAUCAGCUGUAUGAUGAUCCUGAAGAUGGUGUUUCUUAAGUUAAAAAUGCAUCACGUUUUGUACUGAAUUGCAGCUAUCUGAUUGGAUUUUUCUAGAA